AUGUCCCCCAACAAUGGCCAGGACCAGGUCCUCCAAGUCAUCACCAUCCCUCACCGACCGACUCCCACCACGGCCGAAAUCGACGCCGACCUCGCCCCAGCCUUGUCCAUCCUCUUUGCGGCCCCCGGGCUCGUCGGGGCGUGGAAAGGACGUCGCCAUGAAGAUCGCUACACGUACAUUUUUCUCUUGGUCUGGCGCGACCUGGCCGCCUCGCACGCCUUCUUCACCUCGCCCAAGUACGCCGAAUUCCACCAGCGCAUCCAGCCCGCCCUGAAUGGGCGCAAGGUGGCCUGGCAGCAGCAUGCGCGGUUGGGUCAGUGGGAGCUGAGCGACGCCGCGCACUUCCAGUCGAUCAUCCACUCCCCGUGUAUCGAGGUCGCCUUGACCAAGGUGGUCGAGGGCGGCGUGGCCGGCUACUACGACGGCUUUGGGCGGGUGGUGUCCAAGAUCCUCGAUCAAGAUCCGGGCUGCGAUGGAUGGUGGAUCAGCCCGCUGGUAGAGAAUCCACAGCACCAGCUUCUGUUGAUCAAUUGGAAGAGUUUUGAGGCCCAUCACGAAGAUUUUGAAAGGCGGCCGACCUUCCAGCAAUGCAUCGAUACUCUCAAGGACUACUAUGCCGAGUUUGUCCUGCCCACCCACCUAGUAGGGCUGGAACAGGUUUUUGGGUAG